GCCAUGUCGUCGAGGCCGGCGGCGCGCAGACGCCCGGUGGUCGGGGCCGGAGCCCCCGCGGGAGCCGCGGUGCGCGGCGAUGCGGAGCGGGGGAUGGCGGCACCGGGGCUGCCGCUCUGCCUGCGCCUCCUGGCCGCGGCUUUCUACGGCCUCAGCUCCUUCCUCAUCGUCGUGGUCAACAAGAGCGUCCUCACCACCUACGGGUUUCCCUCCUCGCUCUGCGUGGGGCUGGGCCAGAUGCUGGCCACCGUGGCGGUGCUCUGGGCGGGCAAGGCGCUGCGGGUGGUAAAGUUCCCCGACCUCGACAGACACAUCCCACGGCGGACGUUUCCUCUACCUCUUCUGUAUUUUGGGAACCAGAUCACAGGACUGUUCAGCACAAAGAAGCUCAACCUGCCCAUGUUCACCGUCCUGCGAAGGUUUUCCAUCCUGUUUACAAUGUUUGCCGAAGGAUUCUUACUCAAGAAGAAGUUUUCCUGGGGCAUUCAGAUGACAGUAUUUGCGAUGAUCCUCGGGGCGUUCGUGGCUGCCAGCUCUGACCUGGCAUUCGAUCUGGAAGGGUAUAUUUUUAUCCUGAUUAACGAUGCCUUAACAGCUGCAAACGGUGCCUACGUGAAGCAGAAGCUGGAUUCCAAGGAGCUGGGGAAGUACGGUUUGCUGUACUACAAUGCACUGUUCAUGAUCCUGCCCACCCUGACCAUCGCCUACUUCACCGGGGACGCGCAGAAGGCCAUGGAGUACCAGGGCUGGGCAGACACGCUGUUCCUCGUGCAGUUCACGCUCUCGUGUGUGAUGGGGUUUAUUCUGAUGUACUCCACUGUUCUUUGCACUCAGUAUAAUUCUGCUCUUACAACUACAAUAGUUGGCUGCAUUAAGAAUAUUUUAAUAACCUAUAUUGGGAUGUUUUUUGGAGGAGACUAUAUUUUUACAUGGACAAACUUCAUUGGCCUAAAUAUCAGUAUUGCUGGAAGCCUGGUGUACUCCUACAUCACCUUCACGGAGGAGCAGCUGAGCAAGCAGCCCGAAGCUGGCAGCAAGAUGGAUAGUAAAGGAAAGAGCUCGGUGUGAGCAGGGAGAGGCUUUUCUUGGGAAGCAACCUGUUUCUGUCCAGCUGAUGGUGGGCAGAAGGCAGGGAGGGAUUGGGGCUGAAUGCCCUGAAGGACACAGCUCUUGAUUUGCACAAUCGAUGGCGCUGCCUUGACAAAUGAUGGGGAGGAUGAUGCACGGUGAAGGGUGCAGCUAAUUCAGUCUGAUUGGGAGGAGGUGACAGGGUUCUAAUCACACUGCCAUGUGGCAGUGCCAAAAGACUGGGAGGGCUCUGCCCUGAGCCUGGGGGAUACUGGGGCUGCCUUUGCUCCCUGCCCCCCAGAGCCCUCCCUGCAGGAAGGGGAGCCCCUGGGAGCUGGGGGGGGAGCUGGGGCAGGGCCAGCGCUGCUGUUCCCCCAGCAAAGCUGCUUCUGCAGGAUGCCAGACCCUUUGUGCUCAAUGCACAGUGCUCCCUGACCUGCCUCAUGUUUGGGGUUGGGUUCUGUGUUCUGUUAACCCACUCUAAAGCUGGGUUUACCCUCCUCAGCCUCUCAGAGCCCUGCAGAGGGUCACCCCCUUGCUCUCCUGCCCAGGGUUGCUCAGGGAUGUUCCCAACAUGGUUUUACCCAUCCCUGGUGAGCUCAGCAGGGCCAGCAGCCUUCCUCCAGCCACCCUGGGGGCAGACACCUCUGCACUAGGCAAAGCUGCUGGCGGGGCUGGGGCUGGCCCCUGGGGCAGGGGCUCUCCCAGGGAGCUUUGGAGCCCAUGGGGAGCAGCUGGAGGGCUGAGGGAAGAGCUGGCAUCCCACCUGGCACACAGCAGUCCUUCCCUGGGGCCAGAAACCCACUGCUCCUGCUCUCCCCAGCCCUCAGGGGGGUGGUGGGAGGCUGUGGGUGCAGGGCUGGGUUUCUGCUGGAGCUGCCUUUGCUUCCUGAAGUCUUUGAACGAUGUGAUUUACUUUUCAUACAUUGGGCAGUGUUAACUGAUCUUUUGGUAAGGAUUGUCUGACUCAGCACUUCUUUCUAGGUCUCUCCUUGCAUUGUCUUUGGGUUUUUAAAGAGAAUUGUUUCUAAUUGUGGUUUUAAAAACAAGAGAUUUUGGUAAAACCCUC